AUGUUGAGUUUUUCCGAGGUCAACUCACGUAACUAUACGAGAGGAUUUAACUUCAUUGGAGCUUACUUAGAUAGACUUAUUUUAACUUUUACGCCAAACAAACUUAUUUACAUUGCUGUUGAUGGUGUAGCUCCUGCAGCAAAAAUGAUUCAGCAACGCACUAGACGUUAUCGAAAGGCUGGCGAAUUAAUUGCUAAAAAAAAAAUUCACAAUCACAUUAACGAACUUUUACGUUCGAAAGACGCGAGGGAACACAAGAUAUUAGAUUUCAUCAAAGCUAAUAGACAAAAUAAAACAUUUUACAACGCUUCUCAUGUGCUUUUUUCACCUGAUGCAGACUUGAUUUUGCUAUUGCUAGCUUCACAUGUAAAAAAUAUCUUAUUGGUUCGCGAAGCGAUGAGUUUAAACUAUUUUAUAAUACCAUUGCGCGCUUGA